CGAAGCAGAGUGUUUUGUGUAAAUAUGGCGGCGCACUGUAGCUCCAUCAUGCGUCUUCGGACUCUGUACAACCUUGGGAGAAAAACCUUGGAUAUCGGAUGUAGAACCGGUCUGGACUGGAGCGGUACGAGCCUAUACAGGACCCGAGCUGGAACUGCUCCCAGCCGCGGAGAAACUGCCCCUGACAACCACACAGACCAACCUGAUUUCCUCAUGGAUUUUCCUGAGCCAAAAAAUCUCCUACAUUCAGUUCUGUCUAGAUCCCUGAGACAGUCGAAUAUCUCUCGCUAUAUCCAGUAUAAAUGCACAGAUGGAGAUAUUAAGAGGGCAACAGUUACACUGUUGUGGCCUGAAAGGAUCGAAGUAGAGGGAUUUGGAGCACGGAAGCAGGAGGCGGAGCGACGCGCAGCAGCAGCUGCCUGCCAUAGGCUGAGAGAACUGGGAGUUCUGGGUCCAAGAAACCAGGUUCCCACACAGAGAUCAUUGCAGGAAAAUGGAUGGCGCUCAUCUCUCAGGGAGGACACAGACAAAGACCCAAAUGAGCGUAAAGGCAACGAGCUACGAAGAACCACAAGCAACAGGAUGAGAAGGGCUGCAGAAAGCCUGGAAGCGGUAAAAGAGGAUCCGAAAGUCUCGGAGGCACUGUCCAUCUUCUCAAAACCGAAGGCUCUUCUGGUCAGGGUUAUUCAAGUGGCCACAACGUCUGGUAGUGUCAACGAACUGCUGCACUACAGGACAGUUGGAGGGAAGGUGAAGGAGUGUGAACUCACACUGCGUUGGCCCGAGGAGAUGAAAUUUAUUGCCCACGGCCGCCGCAGACUGGAGGCUGAAACGAGAGCAGCAGCACUUGCCUGCCUCAGACUUAAGGAACUGGAUCUGCUGGAUGAGCAGAAUAAUCCUCUCACGCAUGCCAUGUACAACCAAGCGGAGGUGAGGGAGGCAGGAGAGCGAGAGAGGAGGCCGUGUCUCAUGGAGAUCCCUGAUGAUCUGAAGUACAGGAUUAGAGAUUAUUUAACGCAGUAUCCAGUGGAAGAGGGAGUGCGGAAACUGUGUAAAGAGCGAGCUGACGAGAGACAGUCUUCCUCUUUUAAUGAGGACGAUGAAGAAGAUGGCACAAAGGAUCCUGUGCUCAAUGCAAUCACUGGCAAGCCGUAUCACCCCCUGAACCCUGAGGAGGCUCAGCUCCUGAGUGACAACAUUCUGAGGCAGUGGGAGAGGGCGGGACCAGCUCGGGGGGCAGAGCUUCCUGUAGACUCUCAUCGUGCAUGUCUGGUGGAGGCAGUGCAGGCGUCGCGGGUGGUGGUGGUUGCUGGAGAGACGGGUUGUGGGAAGACGACACGGAUCCCACGCUUUCUGUUGGAGGACCGAGUGAGAGGCGGAGCUGGGGCUCACUGCAACGUUUUGGUAACACAGCCGCGCAGGAUAAGCGCGGUCUCUGUGGCUGAGCGUGUUGCCAAUGAGAUGGGCCCCAUCCUUCGACCUUUCGUCGGCUAUCAGGUCCGUUUAGAAUCUCGUCCCCCAGAGGCUAGCAGUGGCUCGCUUCUGUUCCUAACCGUUGGCGUCCUGCUGAGGAAGCUGCAGUCGAAUCCGUUGCUGCGUGGCAUUAGCCAUGUGGUAGUAGACGAAGUGCAUGAGCGAGACGUGAACACUGAUGUGCUGCUGGCCCUGCUGCGUCGUGCCCUUACCCACAAUCCUGAACUGCGUGUGGUCCUCAUGAGUGCCAGCGGAGACACACAACGUCUUUCUUCCUACUUUGAUGAGUGUCCAGUGUUUCACAUCCCCGGCUUCAUGCACCCUGUGAAACAGAGGUACCUGGAGGAGGUGCUGAGGGAGAUGGGUAGACCAACAAAGAAGGCAAACAUCCAGAAGGACCCGGAUGAUCCAACAACUGAUCUCGAGUUAGUGGCCGAUGUGAUUGAUCACAUUCACACUAAUGGAGAGCCAGGUGCAGUGUUGUGUUUUCUGCCUGGCUGGCAAGAUAUUACAGCUGUGCAACAGAAGCUGGAGGAGAAAAAGGCCUUCAAAUUGGGCUCACAGCUCAUUCUACCAUUGCACUCAAGCAUGUCUGUGGCUGACCAGCAGGUUGUAUUUAAACGUCCUCCAGAGGGCCGCCGCAAAAUUGUCCUGGCAACUAACAUCGCCGAGACGUCCAUCACCAUCGAUGACAUCGUGCACGUAGUGGACCUGGGCACUCAGAAAGAGCAGAGUUACGAUCCAAGAACUAAGGUCUCAUGUUUAGAUACGGUCUGGAUUUCUCGCUCAAACGUCAUCCAGCGACGAGGGAGGGCGGGCCGAUGCCAACCUGGCCACGCCUAUCAUUUGUUUCCUCAGAAAAAACUAGACACCAUGUCCUUGUUUCCCAUCCCAGAGAUUCUCCGCACCCCCCUGGAGAGCCUGGUGGUUCAAGCUAAGAUCCACAGUCCUCAGAGUAAAGCUGUAGAUUUCCUGUCCCAAGUGUUGGAUUCUCCAGAGCAAGGAGCAGUGAGGGAAGCCGUGAGGACGCUGCAAGAUAUCGGCGUGUUGGACAGCUCGGAGUGUCUGACUCCGCUGGGGGAGCGUGUGGCAUGUAUGUCAUGUGACCCCCGCCUGGGGAAGCUCCUAGUUCUUUCCACUGUUUUCCGCUGUGUUCUGCCUAUGCUGUCUGUGGCGGCCUGUCUGACCCGAGACCCAUUCCACAACAGUCUUCAAAACCGCACCGCAAUCAACAAGGCUAAAGAGGCUCUGAGUGGCUCCAGCUGCAGUGAUUACCUAGUGUUCAGUAAAGCAGUACAGAUUUAUAAAGAGCUGCAUGACAGACGCGACCGGCAGGAAUAUUUAGACUCGCACAGUCUUUCUGCGGCCAGUCUACGUUUUAUACAUGGUUUAACUCAGCAGUUCAGUGAGAAUCUGACCGAGGCGGCGCUGGUCACACACUCUGCUGAGUGUCUCCGCCCUUCCUCACUGCUCAAUCAGCACAGAAACCAGGAGGAACUUCUAAAAGCUGUGCUGCUGGCCGGGUUUUACCCCAACCUCAUCCAGGUGAGGAGAGGCGUUGUAAGCAAAGGAGGCAGGUUUCGUCCCAACGACCUGUGUUACCGCACUCGCAGUGGAUCUGUGUUACUUCACCGCUCCUCCGUCAACAGGACUGAGCGAAAGCUUCCCAGUCGCUGGCUCACGUUUUUCUCUGCAGUUAAAUCGAACGGCUGCGUCUUUAUCAGAGACUCUUCUGCAGUCCAUCCUCUGGCCCUUCUCCUCCUCACUGACUGUAACCUGAUCGAGCGUGCGUAUGGUGAUCGGGUCGAGGUCAUCAUGCCGGGCCGUUCUCUCAUACAGUGGGAACUGUCUGCUCAGAGCUGGGAGCUGCUGUGGCCCUUGCGGACGUCUCUACAGGUUAUGCUACACCGUAACCUCCAACCUUUAACCUCUGACUGUAGUGUGGAAGAGAACAGAAUUCAGGACGGCCAGCUCCUCUCUUUAUUAGUGGACCUUCUGAACAGCACAGAGCCGGAUGCUAACAAUGCAGACUGCAGUGAUGUGGAAUGACGACACGUUUUAUAGCUAAAUUAUAGAAAACUUGCACUUUGUCCCAUCAUUCUGUCUUGUGUUAAUUAAAAAAAUCAUAUAUUCAGUGUGUAUUCAGUGGGUGUUGGAUAUUCAGACAUUCUACACAUGGCUACACUGAUUACAUGCAUAAAAUAAAUUGUUCAUAACUGUGAAGCACUGCAGAGACAGUGGCAUUUUAAUGACCAAGAUAGAUAAUUGUGACAUCCAUUUAAUCAAAAAGCAUAACAGGUGAUAUAACAGUGUAUGAGUUUUCAUCUAUAUGCAAAAUAAAAUGCACACUAUUCUUUA